AUGUUGUCCAACCAAACCGCCAAACCGAACACUACCGAACAACGAAAACUAAAAGAAAAGCACCCUGCAAAACAGCGAAACCUAGCUGAAACGAAGCACACAAGCAACAAGCAAACACCACCACACCACCAACUCUUCAGCCAGAGCAUCAGAGCCACAGCAACCUACAUUGAACGACCAUUGAAGCAGCAGCAACAAAAAUUGACAGUAGAAGAGAACAGAGUAAAUUACCACAAGAUGAUAGAUCUCUCCAAGGGAGAAAUCCUCCGAUGCCUCUUUGAUUCCAUUCCAGCCCACAUCGUGGUCAAAGACUUGGAGGGUCAAUGUAUUCUGGAAAACGAAGGUGGGGCAGUGCACAGUUCGAGUGCUUCUCAAACUGAAGCGGUAAAAUCCCUCGACGGCGACGACGAGUCGAGUCGAUGUACCAACACGACAACUCCUAGCCAUGAGUCCUCCUCGUCGUCGUACUUUGGGAGUGGCGCUCCCGUCGUCUUUCCGCUCAAGGAUUCCAAGGGCACAGUUAUUGGCUCGUGCGAGUUUACGGGCUCGACUACCACCACCACCAACAACAACAACAAGACGAUGAUGAUGGUGGAAGAUCGCUUCGACAGUGAUCCAUCGCAUUUAGAGGAAGACGUGGAAAUCGAAGACACGACAAAAUACAUUCCCAUUUUCGAAGAUGGCUUGUACCACGAAAUGAUUCAAAACAUUCAAACCGCCAUUGCCGUCUGUGAGGUGGUCACGGAUGAAAACGAUCAACCCAAUGACUACACUUUCUGCGACAUCAAUCCAGCCUUUGAACAGUUCCUCGGAGUCAGCGCCGCCGACUGUGUGGGCAAACGACUCACCGAGGCGUUCCCGGGUAUUGAAGGCGAUCAAGCCGAUUGGAUCCAGCUCUUUGGCACUGUGGGUAUUACUGGGGAAACGCAAAAGUUUACUCAUUUCUCCGAGCAUCUCAAGAAUUGGUAUUCCGGCGUGUGCUAUCAGAUUGAUCCCAAGAAACGGAGAUUUGCCGUCCUGUUCAUGGAGAUUUCACAACAAAUGGAAUCCCAAGAAGCACUGCGGGAAAGCGAAGAACGACAUCGCAACUUGUUCGAGUCCAUGAUACAGGGAGUAGUCUAUCAAGAAGUCUCGGGCGCCAUUAUUGCCGCCAACCCCGCGUCGGAACGGAUUCUAGGCUUGACGGUCGAUCAAAUGUGCGGACGCACGUCCGUCGACCCCCGAUGGAAGUCGGUCCGAGAAGAUGGAUCCGACUUUCCCGGAAACGAGCAUCCCUCCAUGCAAGCGCUGAAAACGGGUCAAAAAGUGACGGGCGUCAUCAUGGGCGUGUAUCAUCCGGAAAGCGAUGAAAACCGCUGGAUCACCGUGGAUGCCGUCCCGCGCUUCAAACCAGGAGAAGACAAGCCCUAUCAAGUGUACGCGACCUUUACCGAUGUCACGGAACGAAAACAGUGGGCCGACAAACUCUUGCGUGCCAAAGAACAGGCCGAGAUUGCCGACAGACUCAAGAGCGCCUUUUUGGGACAAAUGAGUCAUGAGAUUCGAACGCCACUGAACGGUAUCAUGGGACACAUUGAUUUGGCUUUGAGCAAUGGACUCUCGGAAGAAUUGCGCAAGGAAAACGUGGAAGGCCUCAACAUUGCCAAGACUAGUGGGGCACUCCUGCUGUCCAUCAUUGAAGACAUUCUUGAUCUGUCCAAGAUUGAGGCGGGCCAAAUGGUGGUACACAAGGAUGAAUCAUUCUCCGUCAAGGGAACCAUGGGGCAAACGACAAGUAUCGCGGAGGCAAUCAUCAUAUCCAAAAACAAAGGCAUCCAGUUUGUGUGCAAUGUGGAUGACCAAAUACAGGAUGUCAUACUAGGGGAUCCUUUUCGACUGCAGCAGGUCAUCAACAAUUUGAUAUCCAACGCAAUCAAAUUCACCAACAAUGGCAAAGUCGAGCUUAACAUCAAGAUUAUCAACGCGGACACUUUGGAGUUCUCGGUGCUCGAUACGGGAAAGGGCAUUCCCGCUACACACGUGGAAUCGAUUUUUGAGCCGUUCCGUCAGGUUGACAUCUCGGAUACUCGACAGCAUGGAGGCACAGGACUGGGCCUAACAAUUUCACGAAAGCUGGUGAAUAUGAUGGGUGGCGAGAUGCGUCUGGAGUCGAGCGUGCUUGGCCCCAUUCGAGGGUCUCUUUUCGCUUUCACGCUGCCGUAUCGUCCAAGUCAGAUGAAGCUUAAGUCACCGCUCCCCUCGUUGGCCAUGCCAGCUUCUAUCAUCAGUCAAAGUAAAGAAAGCGACAAGGAAAGCAAAGCCAAACACGACAAAUGCAAGAUUCUCGUAGCGGAAGAUGACCCGGUGAGCCGCAAGUUGGUCCACAGGAUGCUUAAGAGGACAGGCUAUGAUGUCACGCUUGCCUGCAACGGGGAAGAAGCAGUCAAUGCCUACAACUCAAUACAAGCAUUAGGGGAUGUUUAUGACAUUGUGCUCAUGGAUGUGCAAAUGCCAAUCCUUGACGGCCAUGAAGCCACCAGACGGAUACGAGAGCAGGAAAAGAGGUCAGGCGAAACCCCGAUCCCAAUCAUCGCCUUGUCUGCUGGAGCCAUGAAAGGGGAAAAGGAGCAAGGUCUAUCCUUCGGAAUGACAGACUAUUUGACCAAACCAGUGGACUUCAAGCGGCUAGUAGCAACUCUGGAGCGACACCUUGGCAGUAAGUCUUCCUCAUGA